AUGAAAGCCCGAUUUAGACCGAAUUCACUCAUUUUCCCACGAGAAGAGGAUAAGGCUACUAAAACGUCCGUCAGUGGCAAAAGACAGCCGCAACCUCCCGCUCUAAGCUUGGCCAGCCAGCCUUUUGGAUACUGUGCUGUCACUGAAGCCAAUGAGAGGAAAGGACUACAAUGUCUCACCUCCUUGUCGACCUGUGACCAAGCUGUUACUGCGGAAUUUGAGUGGGAGAGUCAUCCACUUACACGGGGAGAAGGCGGCGAGGAAAACCUGUCUGGUGAUGAUCAAGCCCCUCCCAGCGGCCAACAAAGUUGA